GCGCUGAAGAUCGAGAUGGCCAGGAAGGCCGAGUCUGAAGAGCAGCUCGUCAGGCUCCAGCACGAAGAGUCCGAGCGGCAGUGGCAGAAGCGCUACGACAAGUGGGAGAAGGAGGAGCUGGCCCGCAGAAAGUUGAUGGAGGAGGUGUACGAGGACCGCGCGAGGCAGCUCCAGGACAAAGAGGAGCGGCGCGGCAAGCUCAAGGCCGAGCUGGUGCAGGAGAAGGCCAUCAUCGAAGAGGAGCAGAAGCGCCUGGACGGCCUGGAGGCUGCCCGACUCGAGGGCGAGAAGGUGCGC